UCUUAAACUUGAUUUUUUUAUAUAUAUUUUUUUCGUUUGCUUUUAAAACCACGUUGAACAACUCAGUACAUAAAUAUAUUUAAAAAAUAAAUAUAUCGAAUUGGUAUAAGUGAAAUUUGAACCAAAAAAAAUAAAUAAAUAAAAUCAAUCCAAACAAUAUAUAAAAUAAUUUACCAUUUAUUUUCCGAUGUGAAUCUCAUAGAACAGACAAACCGAAAAGCACAUAGUUACAAAUACAAAUCGAAACGACAGUUUGAAUACAAUCUAAUAAAAAAAGUCGCAAACAAUAUACAGUUCGAACUUGUUCGUUUGAAUUUAAUCAGAAACGGAAAACGAAAAUUGGAUUCUUUUUCUUUUCACCGUUGCGUUCGUUAAAUCUUUUUUUUUUUCUUCGAUGUGUUUUCUUGGAAAAAGUUUCCAAAUUAUUGAAUUUUGUGCAUAAGUGUGGAAUAAAGCGAAAUUUUGGAGCAAGCAGAAUAUUCAAUCUCACCGAAAAUCGAUCAAAAGCAUAUAUAAAAUAAAACGCGAACCAAAAAUUACUUAUCUAAACUGGGAGAGUCAUAAUAAUGAGUAGCUUCCAUCAAGGAUUAUUUUGAGAGCGAAAUAAUACAACACCGAUCGUUUAACAGAUAAGUUUCGUAAAAACAAUCACCGUGCCGUGGAGAAUUUAGCAUAGACGACGGCUGGAACGAUGCCGUCAUUAAAUUACGCCGCUCUUGGCGUGCUUUAUGCACUCCUUGGGUUUAUCGGUUCAAACGAUAAUUUAAUUGGUCGAAUGGUAAUGGCAGAACCGCCGCAACAAACAUGUCCGUCAGUUAGCGAAAUAUCACCGUGCGCAUGCAGUGUGAAAAAGAAUGGACUUGAUAUAUUGUGCGAAACCACUGACAUCACUCACAUCAAUCGUGCAAUGACUAAACUAAAACAGAGAAAUCCAAUCAUAUUUUAUUUAAAAUUGCGUCACAACAAUCUACCAAAGUUGCAAGGUUUCGUAUUUCUCGCAUUAGAUAUUCGACAUUUAACCAUACACAAUAGCAGUUUGGCUGUUAUUGAGGAAACCGCACUGAGCUCAUUAGGAAAGGAACUGACUCAGCUCGACGUAUCUCAAAAUCAACUACAGAAUGUGCCGUCAACUGCAAUAAAAAAUCUACAUCAUUUGCUGAUAUUGAACUUGAAUCACAAUCGCAUCUCACAAAUACAUAAUCGGGCCUUCGAGGGAUUGGACACGUUGGAGAUAUUAACGCUAUAUGAGAAUAAAAUUAAUGUCGUCGAAGAGGGAGCAUUCCGGGGAUUGGAAAAGAAGCUUAAACGCUUGAAUCUCGGCGGAAAUGAAUUGACGUCAGUACCACAACGAGCCCUAUCCAUUUUUGAUAAUCUCAAAAAAUUGGAAAUUCAAGAGAACAAAAUCAAAGUAAUCAAAGAAGGAGAUUUUGAAGGUUUGAAAAAUUUGGAUUCGUUGAUUUUGGCACACAAUCAAUUGUCCAAGGUUCCGGCCAAUGUAUUCAGCCAUUUGACUCUAUUGAACUCACUUGAACUGGAAGGCAAUCAGAUCACGUACGUGGACAAAGAUGCAUUUGCUGGAUUAGAAGAAAACCUACAGUAUCUUCGUUUGGGUGAUAAUAAUAUUCAUCAAAUACCGAACGAUUCUCUACGUCCGCUACACCGUUUACGACAUUUGGACUUGCGUUCGAAUAACAUCACAGUCAUCCCAGAGGACGCGUUCAGCGGUUACGGAGACUCCAUAACCUUCCUGAAUAUACAAAAGAAUGGUAUUUCUGUGUUGCCGCAAUCAUCGUUUGAAAAUUUAAAUUCACUGGAAACGCUGAACAUUCAAAACAACAAACUGACUAAAAUAUCCGGAGAUGUGAUGGAACCAAUCAUCGACACUUUGCGUGUUGUCGACAUUGUCGAUAAUCCAUUGAUUUGUACCUGUGAUCUAAUUUGGUUUCCCCAAUUGUUACAAUCGCUAAAAGACCGCGACGACGAAAUGACACAGAAAAAGCGUCCAAUGUGCACAAUGGCCAACGAACAUCGUGAAUACUUUGUACAAUCAAUGCCAUUGGAACGAAUGAAUUGUGUUGGAAAACAAUUUCCACAGAGCUUACCUGUGGGUAGCGCUACAAAUACCAGUCAAUAUCAGCCAAUGAUACUACUAAGCUUACUUCUAUCAAUGAUUUCACUAUAUUUUUGAGCGGAUUGAUGAUUAACGCAAAUACAAAUACUCAUACAAAAAAAAACUGUAAAACACAAAAUUAAACUGCAAAAUAAACGCCCGUGAAAAUUUUUUGAUUUUCCAAAUGAACAUACAUAGUAGAAGAAAAAAACAAUUAAAAUAGAAUCAACUACGAAACGGUAAAGAAAGAAAGCAACGCAAAAAAAAAGAUUUUAACUAGAAAAGAAAUAUUUGCAGAGCAUGGCAAUUUGAUCAAUAAAUUCAGUGUAAAGUUGACAAAGUUUGUUUGGAAAAGAUCAUGUAAGGCUAUUACAAAAUUUCCAUUAAAGCGAAUUCGGUGUAUUUUCUAAAAAAAAAAAUCAGUAAUAUUCCUCUUGAUCAAAAGAUAGCCGCUGGCAUUUUUAUUUUGACACUUCCAAAGCUGAAUUCAAAACAUUUCAACCAUUUUUUUGUGUUUGUUUGAGAAAAAGAAGAAGAUAUAUCUUUUUCUGGCCUGAACACACAGUGAUUCUAAAGUGAGAAUAAAAAUGCAGCAGCAACAAAAAAGUUUUUCUCAUAAUUUUUGAUUUUCUCUCUCUCUCUCUUUCUCUCUCUCUCUUUCUCUCUCUCUUUCUCUUUUGUUUUCAUAUUAUCUUGAAAGUUUUUUUUUAUUUGCUUCUUUUAUGCAGUAAUUGGACUGACGCAAUUUUCAAUGUACGUUCAUUUUGUUUGCUAUCCAAUUUCAAAUUGGAUUACAUUCACCUUGUUUUAAAGCAUAAAUAAAUUAAUACGAUUUUUUUUUUAGUUUUGAAUUUCAAAAGAAACAACACGUGAAUAUAUAUAUAUAUAUUUAUAAAUUAAUUGGCACUGUUUCUGUUUUGUUGUUUCAGUUCCAGAAAAUUGAUGCUAUCAAAUGUGUCCGUUGAUAGCAUUAAUUUUAUUCUUGGCCAAUUAACAAUGUUUUUCAAUUAAUUUGAUUUGGCAUCUCUUUUUCUUCCACUUCAAUAGAGAUUUUUAUCACAUACACACACAAAUAUUUUAUCUAAAUAAUUAUUAAGCUCAUAUCAAUGUGCAUAACACACACAUUUAUUUUUAAAACAUGUACAACAACAAAAAAAAAAUACAAGCAAACAACUAUCUAAAUGUAUAUUUGAAUCUUCGUUAAAUUCGGUGGAGAUCUUACAUUUGAAAUAUUCUAAUCGAGUUUAAGCAUUUAACAAGGGAUACGUGUGCGUGUGUGUGUGAUUACUAUGCAACUAAAUAUUGCAUGCCUGUAUCGCACACAUCACACUCUAUACCAAUUUAUCAAGAUUUUUCUAAAUGGAAUAUUUUAAUUACGGUCAUUUAUUUUUCUCUCCCAAAAACAAAUUAUAUAUGUGUGAAAUGUUUUUAAAUGUUAAGCAAAAAUAAUGAUAUAUUUAAUAGCCAUACCAUACAGUUGCAUGAAUAAUAGUUUGAUUUUUCUCUAAAUCUAUUUCGUCUCCUUUUGAUGCUCCCUUCAUUGCAAACUACUCUUCAAAUAAUCUUUUGUCGAAUUGAAAUUCUAUGUGUACGUGUUGCAAAUUUCAUCUUUUUAUUUUCACAUAUUUUCUUUUUAGUCUUUUCAAACAAAACAAAAAAAAAAAAUAAUAUAAAUAAGUUUCUACAUAUAUGUGUAUAUUUAAAUCAAAAUCAAAUCAAUCCAACACAUUCGUACACGACAAGCGCAAAAGCCACAUUCAAUUGUUCCAAUUGGACUUUUUGUAUAUGUUAUGGUUCUCAGAGGGGGAGGAUAUGAUGUGUAUGUGCAUGUUUGUGUGUAUAUUGUGAGCUAGUGAAAAUUGAAUCGUUUUUUUUAUCGCUCUGUUACAGCAGUAGCAGCAGCAGCAACAAAAACAAUUCCUUUUGAUCUUGAUUUAAAUGGAACAUAAACGUUGAUUUGAGGAGAGCAUUGUACCCUGUGUUUCAAAUGGUUCUGCUAAUUUGUCGUUUCAAUCAGAGAUGCUGCUAUUCUUGUGCACAACGGCAUCAUCAUCAUAACAUACACAACACAGCUCACAUUCACACUCUACCAGAAGAAUGUGUGUAUGUGCAAAAAGCCAAUUAGACGUUGAAUUCAUCUGCUUGGAGGUUGAUUGUUUUGAGCAUCUGAUUGAGCAUCAAAUUUGCAACGAUGAAACACAAAAUGGGGACUUUGUGCCAACGCAUCAUUUCGUUUCAUGUUCAUUUCUGUUUCAAAACACACACAUACAAACACGCUCACUCCACUCACAAAAGUGGAAAGAAUCAAGAAAAUUUCGAUGAGAUUUAGAAGCAACAACAACAAAAAAAGAAAAGAUGUGAGCAGUAUAAGUUAUUUGUUAUCAAAUUCAGAGAAGAUAGCACAUAAUUUAUAUGCACACAAGCGUCGAGUGUUUUUUUCUACUCCCCCUGUGCUGCUGCGAACGUUGAUGAUUCAUGUCGAACGACAGAGAAAAAAGUGUAUCCAGAAAGAGGGCAUAAAAAAAUUCAAUUCAAACAAAGGUGAAAAUAGAGUGGCACCAAGCAACAUUGAAAAUCAACCAUCUCUGAUGGUUUUUUUUCCCGCUUAUGUUCACUUAUUUCAGUGGUUGCGCUUCGUAUUCGAAUGUCAUAUGGAUGAGAAUUUAUGGGGAGAAAAGGAAAAAAAAAAUGUUCUUUCUCUCUAUGAAAUGUGUUUCAGUUUCAUUUAAUACAAUUUGUGAUUACAUCAAUCUAAUAGUUGAAAAAAAAAUAUCGCGUGUAACGAAUGUAAAAAAAAAAUUGACCAGAAUGAAAGAGAAUUGUAUUUUUUUCGUUCUCACAAAUUGAUUACAAUUAUAUUAGUCUGUGUCAUGUAAAACAUAAUUACUAUAACCAUUGACUUUUCUCAUUUUUAUUCUCUCUCUUUCGAAUUGCACACUCGAAAUUUCAUUGUCAAUGCACGAAUCUUGAUUCAAUAAUAGAAUCUCGUCUUAUUCCAUUCCUCGCCGUUCACAAAUAUUACACACACAAAUCACAUUUUCACUCACUUCGCAUGAUAUAACCACAAGUGGUUUCUUUGUCCGAUAUUUUUUUUUCUUCUUUUUAUUUUUCUCAUUUUGCACACGUUUUUUUUUGUCCAAUAUUUUUUGUUGAAUUCUUUGACCCUGCGAUUCAUGGAAUUCUUCGACGCUGCGAUUCGUUCACCGAAUGACGAAAAACUCUGCGUGAAAUAUAUAAAUCUACAACAGAAAUGGAGUAAAAAAAUUCUUGCGAAUUUUCAUUCGUUCACUGAAUUCGGUGUUGAUAAAAGAAUCUUUUCACCGUACGGUGAAAGAAAAAAAAACCAGUCACGUUAUCAUCAUGAAACUUAAAAAUAUACAUGUGAAAUAUUUAUGAGUAAAAACCAAAAUACACACCCAAACUCAAAAAAGAAUCCUUCUUCAAACAUAUAAUAUAUAAAUAAUAUAUAAAAACAAAUAGAAUGCAAAAAAAAAAACUAAUAAACAAACAAACAAACAUGGUACAUUUUGUAAUUGUGAGACUCUAGAGUAUAUCGUGAAUAGCAAUCAUAUCGCAGCUGAAAAGCUCAACAAAUUUAAAUAACAAAAAAACAACAUACCACAAACAUGGUUAAGCCAAUUAUUAUUCAACAAACUAGCGAAUAGAAAAUAAUUGUAUUCUAAUCAAGAUUCUAAUCAAUGAACAACAUAAGAACAUAAUCAACAACAAAAUACCGCACACAUACAACAUAUUUUGCUGUCUUUUACUUUAUAUCUAAAUGUUCAAUGUUGAUUAAAUCGAAGUAUGUGUAAAUUCACCGAAAAAUGAAACGGUUAAUUUUAUUCUUGUAAAAUUGAACAAAAAAAAUUGUAUGCUCUAUAUUUUUUAAAACGUUAAAAAAACACACACACACACACACACACACAAGGAACGGAUCAAAUUGUUGCUUGCCCACAAAGUAUUCAUGAAAAAAUAAAACACGAAAUGGCAAGCAACACAAUCCAGUGGAGUAAGUUACCUUUGAAACAAAACCAACACAAACAUAUAUUGAAGAAAAUUAGCAAUAAAAACAACAUGAAGAAUUAUACAAAUGAAUCAACAUAUAAACAAAACUAAAUGUAUGUAUGAAAUGCAUCGUUGAUUGUAUCACAUUAAUAAAAUGAAACCAAAAGUGAGAUGAAUUUACCCAAGUGGCACGAAAUUGGCGAUGCAUUUCAAAAUAAGUUUUCUUUUGUAUUCAGUUUAGAUGUAUUUUGAGGUAUAUAAACUCAUUAUCGUAGAUCAAUUAAAGUGACUUGAGACAUUUUCAAUGCGUUGAUUUAAAUGAAAACAAAAUAUGGACUAAACAAAAAUCGAAAUUUCAAUUUGACAUAUCAUAUAUCAAAAUACAUAUCCAAAAUGAUUGAAAAAAAAACCCUUAGUGAUUGAAGUGAUGAAUUUGUGAACUUUUUUUUCGCGAACUUUUCCCAUUUUUAAAAUUCAAAUUCGAAUUAUAUAUAAUUUUCACAUAUCAUUGUGUUAUCAAGCUAUAGCUUAGCGCCUUUUUUAAAAAAUAUAUAUAGUAUAUAAUAUGGAAACUACAAAAUUUUACAGUGGCACGUAAUUGAAACGUGUUGAAUGUGUUGUGUGAAAAAAAUAUAAGGAUUCAGCUUUGAAAUAAUCAGAUCAUUUGCUUUAUGAAUAUAUCCAACAGCUUUUCUGUUGAUUACCAUCGAUGUUAAGCUGAUUUUAACCGCAAACAUGUUUCAUUCGAAGCCCUGUGUACGUUUUGGUUAAAUUCAUGUCUUUUUUCAUCAAAUAAAUGUGAAAUAUAAUUCCAA